AUGGAUCAUUUUGGAGUACAACCUCGCUCCGUUCCAACAACCGAAAGGAUAUUGGUCACACAGGAAACCCCCCUCCUUUUUCGGCAAAUGAAAUAUGGCAGAGAGUAAGAAACACCUUGACGGACUGGAGCUCAGUAAGGAAUGGCAGCAGGCUUCAGACUGCAGAGCCGAGCUGCUCGGUUACCUGAAGGAGCAGGUGCCACAGAUCUUUUGUCUGAGGAAGGAGUACAGCCCCCAGGAGGAAGAGGAGCUCCUGCAAAGUCGGCUCCUCCAUCCUCUGGAGUGCUUCCUCUUUGGAGAGGAUCCUCAGCAGGGCCUGGAGAAGCUCAAGCAGGGCAGCACCUCCUCCCAGCUCUGUGGCCGUGUGUUCAAAGAGGGAGAGACCGUCUACUCUUGCAGGGACUGUGCAAUAGACCCCACAUGUGUCUUGUGCAUGGACUGUUUUCAGGAUAGCGUGCACAAAAGUCAUCGUUACAAGAUGCACGCAUCCUCGGGGGGCGGAUUCUGUGAUUGUGGGGAUGUGGAAGCCUGGAAGAUCGGCCCUUGUUGCUCCAAACAUGACCCAGGAGCAGCCACUGCCAUGGUAACGGAUGAAUGGGUUCUUGAGCCAGACUUAUGCGAGCGAGUUAAGAAACUGUUCCGAGUUCUGCUGCGCUACCUCACAGACUUCUUGGUGUGGGAGGAGAACUUUGAGCUUUCAGCUGAACUUCAGCCUGGGACUAAAGAAAAUGCGUAUUACUGCGUGCUCUACAAUGAUGAACACCACUCGUAUGACCAUGUGAUCUACACCCUCCAACGCUCUGUUAACUGCAACCAGGAUGAAGCCAAAACACACACAACACUUAUUGACAAGGAGGGGCGGCGGGCUGUAAAGCGGGGAACCCUUCGUUCUUGCCAGCAAGCCAAAGAUCUCAUCAAAUCCAACUCGGAGCACAUCUCCCUGCAGCCGCUGCGGGUGGAGAUCCUUCAUGCAGUAGUGAUGGCUCAUCAAACGUUUGCAAUCCGCCUCGGCUCCUGGUUCCAGAAGAUCAUCGGCUACUCAGUGGGCUUCAGACAGGUCUUCUGCCAGGUGGCACUUGAACCAAACGCAGACAGAGAUCGGCCUUGUCUCAUCAGUAGACUGAUGUUGCACGAUGCCAAAAUGUACAAAGGAGCUCGCAAGAUUGUACACGAGCUGAUUUUCUGCAGUAUGCUAAUGGAUACAGAAUUCAAGAAGCUCUUUGCAAUAGAGUUCACAAAGUACUACAAGCAGCUGCAAAAGGACUUUAUCGUUGAUGAUCAUGAGAGGAGUAUAUCCAUCACAGCUCUGUCUGUUCAGAUCUUCACAGUUCCCACACUUGCCAGACAACUGAUGGAAGAGUGCAAUGUCAUUAGAGUGAUCGUUGAUACCAUCAUGUACCUGCUGCAAGAGCAUCUUGAUGACAACAACCGCUUUUACUUUCUGGGCUACAAUUCAGACAAGUUUGCUCGCAUCCAGAUUAUCUUCCACGACCUCAGGUACGUUCUGAUCAGCAAACCUUCAGUAUGGACCCAUCAGUUACGAAGACAGUUUGUGGAGGGAUUCAGAGUCUUUCUCGGGCUUCUUAAAUGCAUGCAGGGUAUGGAGGAGGUGAAGCGGCAGCUUAGUCAGCACAUUGCAGUGGAACCAGAGUGGGAAGCUGGUUUUACUCUUCAGAUCCAGAUGCGCCACAUUCUUUCCAUGUUCCAGGACUGGUGUGCAUCGGAUGAGGAGAUCUUGCUGCUUGCGUUUAAGGAGUGCCACACAGUUUUGACCCGAUGUGACAACCAGCCCUUCCGUAAGGAGGCGAUAGACUUCUACAUGUGCAAACACAUCCUCCAUGUUCAACCGUACAAAGUUUCCCAGGAUCCUGUCAGCAUCCACCUUCCCAUCUCCAGGCUUUUUGCUGGCCUGUACGUACUUCUGUGUGGGACAGGAGUGAUCGAGCAUCUGGAUAAUCCUGAAAGCUAUGACUUCACUCAGCUUGCAGAGCAUCCUCUGCGCUGCAUCGUGCUGGCUGCUCAAGUCUCUGCUGAAAUGUGGCGGAGAAAUGGAUUGUCACUCGUCAGCCAGGUCUACUACUAUCAGGACGUCAAAUGCAGGGAUGAGAUGUAUGAUAAAGAUAUCAUCAUGCUCCAGAUUGCCGCAUCUAAAAUGGAUCCAAACCACUUUCUCAUGCUGGUCUUGUUGAGAUUUGAACUGUUUGAAUACUUUAAUGGAUGUUGCUCAAGUAAAGAUCAGGACCAGUUGAUGCAGUGGAACCGUUUGACAGAGGAGAUGCUCUACCUCUUAAUCGUUAUCAUUGGUGAGCGCUACGUUCCUGGGAUCAGUCGAGUGACCAAAGAGGAAGUGACCAUGAGAGAAGUUAUCCACCUGCUGUGUAUUGAGCCCAUGGCACAUAGCAGCCUGGUUAAAAGCUUACCAGAGAAUGAAAACUAUGAAACUGGUCUGGAGGCCGUCAUCUCCAAAGUUGCCACAUUCAAAAAGCCUGGAGUGUCUGGUCACGGGCGGUAUGAAGUUAAAAAAGACCGGCUCAUAGAAUUCAACCCUUUCUUCUAUCAUUACUCAAAAUCCCAGCAUAGUAAGGCUGAAGAGUCUCAAAAGAAGAGGAAAGCUAAAGAAGGCAGCGAGAAAGCUCUGCCUCCCCCAGUGCCUCCAGCCUUUUGUCCAGAUUUCUCAAACAUCGUGCGCCUUCUCAGCUGUGACAUUAUCGUCCACAUCCUGAGGCACGUCCUGCAGAGAGCUGCAGAGGAGCAGCCCACCCACUGGACAGAAGCCAUGAUCCAGAGGGCCCUCCACCUGAUCGGCCAGGCAUUGCUGGAAGAGAAAACGCAGCUUGAGGCGUGUACUGUGGAGGAGGUGACAUUUGAUUUCAGCUUGAAAGCCAGAUUGAUUGGCUCAGAACAGGACAAGUCAGUGUUCUAUUUGUUGUCCAAGAUCAAGACUCUGCCUUCCAUUGAUGCUCAAAAAGACAUGAUCAUGUGGCUUCUACAGAUGUUUGACAUAAUCAAGUGCCUUAGAGAGAAAUCCAGCCCAACUGUAUCAAUGGCCACCGAAAGCGCCAAGCCAGAAGAGAGCGCACAGGACAAAGAGAAAGCUGAGCGGAAGAGGAAGGCGGAAGCAGCUAAGCUACAUCGAAAGAGAAUCAUGGCCCAGAUGUCAGCAAUGCAGAAGAACUUCAUUGAGUCAAACAAGAUGCUGUAUGACAACAUGCCUGAAAGCGGCAUCCAAGGGGAACCGACUCCAGCUGCACAGAGUUGUGCUGUAAAGCAGAAGGAGCUUUGCAUAGCCAUCGGGCCUCAAAGAGGCUCCACCCAGGCGGAGCGGGAAGUUCUCACCUGCAUUCUUUGCCAAGAGGAGCAGGAGGUUUUACCACACGCUGCUGCCAUGGUGCUGACAGUGUGUGUGCAGAGGUCCACAGUGCUGACUCAGUGCAGGGGAAAGAUACCGACUAUCAAAGCAGAUGGAUCGGGGACAUAUCCCCUCUUUACACCUCCUAACUUGGCCAUCGGGACCCACACUGGCAGCUGUGGGCAUGUCAUGCAUGCUACAUGUUGGCAGAAAUAUUUUGAGGCAGAUCAAAACACAACCAGGAGCCGGCUCCACGCAGAGCUCAUCAUCGAUUUGGAAAAUGGAGAGUACUUGUGCCCGCUGUGCAAGUCCCUGUGCAACACUGUGGUUCCCCUCAUUCCAUUAGAACCACUAUCAUUUGACUAUGAGAAUGCAGGAAUAAUUGGACAACAUCUGACUCUGCCUCACUGGAUCCAGGUCCUCACCUCCAGGAUUAAAGGCCUCAAGGCACUCAGUCAGGAAAACGAUUUGAUUGCUGAUGGUAGCGGCUCCUCUGGUGUGUAUGGAGACAGCCAACCAGACUUCAGAUCCAUUUUGAGCUUCGGAGUGCAAGAACCGAGGAGGUUCUCGGACAGCGUCACUGAGAUGCUGGUUGUGUGUGCCACCACAGUCCACAGAGUGGGACUGAGGACAGCACCCAAUGAGCUGUGUCCCCUGGUGCCUGUCAUGGCCUGGAACACAUGUGCCUUCACUAUUCACGCAAUAGAAAAUGUUUUGCAGGAAGAGGACAAGCCAAUAUUUGGAUCUUUACAAAACAGACAGCUGGCAGGUCUGAAGGCGAUUGUUCAGUUUGCUGCAUCACAGAGACUCAAGUGUUCUCAGGCAGUUGUUCAGCGGCACUUCAAGGACAUGAUGGGUGUCUUGCUGCCUGCUAUGAGCAGAAAUAACACACCUUCUAUCCUGGAGGUUGACUUCUUCCAUCUCCUGGUGGGAUUAGUUUUGUCCAUGCCCUCCCUGUAUCAGGAGGAGGCUGUGGACUUGGAGCCAUCUUCUGUGAGCGCCGCCUACAACCACCUGUACAUCUUUCAUCUGGUUACCAUGGCUCACAUGCUGCAGGUCCUCCUAACAUCCACAGAUUUUCCUCCUGCAGCUGAUGGAGAGGAGACAGAGGAAGCACGAGCAGCGGCAGAGUUGUACACUACAGUGUCAAAGCAAACUGGAAGGCUAAUUCCUGAUUUAUCUGGGAGCUCUGUGGCACAAAGAGUGAAGAAGGGGAUCGAGCCUUUCCUGCGUUGUGCUGCUCUCUUCUUCAAUUACCUUACAGGAGUACAUCCUCCUGAGGAGCUCUUUCAAACUUCUGUAACCUCCCAAGGACAGAUGGAGGCACUCUGUAACUACUUGGCACUUCCUUUCAAUGUGUUUCAGCUUUUCCAGGACUACAGAGACACCAUUUCUCUAUUACUACAAAGGUGGUGUGGGAGCCCAGCUGUCGCCAAAGCCUUAAAAGGCAAAACCCAGACUGUCAGCUAUCCCAGAAGAAGGAAUCGUUUGAUUGAUCUUCCUGAGGAUUACAGUGUUCUCCUUAACCAAGCCAGCCAUUUUCAGUGUCCAAAAUCUACAGACGAUGAAAGAAAGCAACCAACUCUGUGCCUUUUUUGUGGGGUGAUGCUGUGCUCGCAGAGUUCCUGCUGCCUCAGUCAGCUUGACGGGGAGAAAGUGGGAGCUUGCACUGCUCAUGCUGCUACGUGUGGCGCUGGAGUGGGCAUGUUCCUCAGAAUAAGAGAAUGUGAAAUUGUCCUGAUGGCAAGUAAAUCCCGAGGAAGCACGUACCCAGCUCCAUACUUAGAUGAUUACGGGGAGACCGAUCCUCAUCUUGGAAGGGGCAAUCCGUUGCACCUUUGCCCCGAGCGUUACAGGAAGCUGAACCAGCUGUGGCAGCAACACUGCAUCCUGGAAGAAAUCGCCCGCAGCCUGGAGGUGGUCAACGUUAUGUUUCCCUUUGAGUGGCAUAUGUUGUGAUAGUUGCUUCAGCUUUGAAACCGCCAGCAGUGCACAAUCUAGUGCUCCCAAAGCACAAAUUGACACGCACAUAUGCAUUUAACACUAACACAAGGCUUAAGUAGAGAGGUGAGUUUAUGGAACCUGGGAGAGAAAAAUGGCAAUUUAACCCAAGUCGCCUUGUUUUAAUUUAUCUGCAGUGAGUUUUUUGCUGGUGUGAAACAUUUGGUUUUAAAAAAAAUACAUCAAAUACACGUAAACCUGUUCUGGUUUUUAUUAUUAUUUUUCCCCAUUUCUUUAAGCAUUUUUUUUAAAAUAAGCUAUUCUUAUUUUGUUCAGCUCAUUGCUAUAUUGGAAUGUUCAACCCAAGCAUGACCACACAUUCUCCAAGCUUUUGUCUCUUCAUUGUAAAUAUGCUCCAAGAUACCAUUUAGUUUCACCUUCAGCCACGUAGAAAAGUGCAUCAACCUAUGUAAAGAACUGUAUUUUACUAUGUACGCAAACAGCUCGCCUAUGACAAGCAUGUACACCUAUUGUAAGCAGUCAUUUGUCCACCGUCUCUUAAAAAACAACUAGCCAUAUUUAUAUUUAAUUCCUUUAUAAUCUUAAAACCUUAAAGCCACAGUUUACAAGCAAAGGACUGCAUCAAACUUUUGAAUGGAACUAUUUUAAGGCGGUUUCAAAUGUUAAAUAAAUUCAAUUAACAUGCAACAAAUAUUUUUUUUUUCUCUUUUAUUUUGAAUAAUCCAAUGUCUUUCAGUUUCUCCUCUAUUUUUUUCCUAUUUCUGGAAAACCAAGUGUGAACAUGAAGUUUCUUCCUUUUUAUCCUGUUGGACAGUUUUUCCUGACUUCCAGGCUGUAGAAAUAAAGGUGCACACCGACCUGCUAACCAUGUUUUCCUGUGUGCUGAAGAAACAAACAUUUAAGUAUUAAUGAAUUCAUGUAAACAAGAAAUGCACCGCUGUCAGCAGAUUAAAGGAAUGAUCAUUCAAGUGUU